CCUCGAUACAUCUUUCGAGUUUAGGAAGCCGCUCGGAUUCAUAUAAAUAUUGCCGAAUCACAAGGAGUAAAUCAGUUCAAAGUAAACCUUUGAGAGCUAAAUACAUCUACUAUUGAUUUCGAAAUUAUACAACCAGCAAUUAAUACAAAAUGCGUGUCUUUCUGGUCGUCUGCCUCAUCGCCGUAGCCUCUGCGGACAAACUGGGCUACAACUAUCGUCCUGUGGCACACUCGGACAGCGGACUGUCAUUUCCACCAGGCGGCUCCUCAGGACUCGGUGGUCCCGGCAGCAGUGGCGUAUCGGGUGGUGUUGGCCCAGCAGAGUCCGGUCCUUCGUACAAUGCACCAACUGCUGAAUAUGAAAAGGAAUUCUACACAUACACAGCCGAUGAGAGCGAGUUCAGCGAACCAGCUGAUAAUGGUCAUGCCGUCGAAUCACUGAAGAAAAACUUGCGUGUCAUCUUCAUCAAGGGACCUGAAGGCAAUGGCUUGGAAAAAGCUGCCGUCGACCUCGCCAGACACGCUGGAGAAGAGAAGACCGCUAUUUAUGUGCUGCAGAAACAAGCUGACUUGGGCGAUUUGGCUAACAAAUUACAGGCUGAAAACGAUGUGCAACGUCACAAACCCGAAGUACACUUUGUCAAAUACCGCACACCCGAGGAUGCGACCAACGCUCAACGCGCCAUCCAACAGCAAUACGAUCAAUUGGGUGGAAAGUCUCAAUCGCACGAUGGUGGCGCUGCUCCAGUUCACGACUUUGCAUCUCCGGCAGCUCGCCCAGCACCACGUCCCGUUAGCGCUCCCGGCUAUCUGCCAUCCUCUAUUCUCCGCUUCUAAGGAGAUUUGAAGUAACUAGUAAUUUUGUUGACUACGAAUAUAUGCAGACUGAUGUUGUUAUUGAUUGUUGAUUAGUGUUAAUAAAUAAUAUUUUUGAAGAUUUU